AUGGCUCUAAUCUGUCGAGCGACAAGAGGAACGUGCAGGAGAACGUCAUCGUUGCACAGCAGACUGUCGCUCUCCACCUACGUCUCGAAAAUGCGGUACCUGUUUGACUUAGAAGACAACCAUGCUUGCAGGCAAGCCCUGAACUCAGGAACCUUCUACCUCUUUCACAGCCUGACUCCUUUGCUGCUGAAAUCUGGGAAUGGUUUCGUGCCUCCACUGUUCAUUCUCUCGGAGGUGGAAAGACUGCUGGGCAAGUUUGCACAAAAUCCCCAGAGGAUUGAAGACUUGGUGCUGACUGGCUGCUCAGACCAACAGGAGGCCCAGUUUGCACUGGAUCUGGGUUUGAGUGAAGACUCUUUGGAGAGAUCUGCAGUUGAAACAGAACUCCAGGGCUCUUUCACGGAACUGUGGAAGGCCCUCUUCCAGCUGGAAGAGAAGGAUGUCACCUUGUUGUCUACGAAAACGCAAGUAAACAUGUUAUCCAGAGCACCAGUUAACUCUACAGUACCACCAGUUUUCCCAGAACCCCAGGCUGACAAAAGCUCGAAGAUUAAUCAGGAGGGGUUAAUCCACCUCAACCCCCCUCCACCACCCACCGACUUGGAAGCAGCACAAAGAAAUAUUUGUGUGAUUAAAACAAGUCAGGUGAAAGGUGUGAGGAGGUUGACUGAGAAAUAG